UGAGUGUGAGAAGUGAUCAAGAGAAAGAAAACAGAGAGAUGGGAAAUGGCGAGAGUUCAUUGUUUUCUUCAGCUCUUGAGGUUGGUGCUGUUGUGGCAGGAGCUGUCUUGAUUCUACGUGCUUUGUCUUUAGGAUCCCAAUCUGAAGAACUUGAACCUGAUCAUGAUUUUCCUCGAGUUUCAACGGGAGCAAGAUAUGAAUCUGAUUCUUCUCCAGUUGCAACAAGAGGGAGAAGAAACAUAAAUAUUUCUCAAACGUCUAUGAUCAAAAUCAUGAGCUAUAAUGUUUGGUCCAAUGAAGAUGUGGAAGUGAAGGUGAGAAUGGCAGCUAUCGGUAACUUGGUACAAAAGCACUCACCGGACAUCAUUUUAUUUCAGGAAGUAACUCCACGUAUCUAUAAACUCUUUCAGAGUUCAAGUUGGUGGCAGUUGUAUAAACACUCUUCAGUUUCACCAGAGGAGGCAGCACAAGGACAAUAUUUCUGCAUGCUGUUGAGCAAAGUAAGAGUAAAAAAAUUCAUCUCCAUUCCGUUCAAGAAUCCACCAAGUGAAAAAGGGCUGUUUUUAGCUGUAAUCGAAAUCGGUUUGAACAAACCAAUCAUUGUUGCGACAAGCCAUCUCAAGAGCCCGAAUCCUCCGAAGAUGCAUUCGGAAGAACGAGUAUCUCAGGCGAAGACAGCUCUCGGAUUCCUUCAGGAAUUUCCGAAUGUGAUAUUUGGAGGUGACAUGAACUGGGAUGAGAACAUAGACGGAGCUUUUCCUCUGCAUGGAGUGUGGAAAGAUGCAUGGCCAGAGUUGAAAGGAAGAAAAAAUGGAUGGACUUUUGAUACAAAAUCAAAUCCAAUGUUGCAAUGUAGUUAUCCUCUGCAGAAAAGAUUAGACAGGUUUAUCUGCAAAUUGGAAGAUUGCAGUAUGAAGAAUGUAGAAAUGAUAGGAAAGAAGGCAAUUCCGGGGAUAUUCUGUUACAACAAGGGGAAGGUACUCCCUGUUCUUCCUAGUGAUCAUUAUGGCCUCAUCUUGACUAUCUCUCUUGAUGCUUAACAUUGAGGUGAAUUAAAUAAUCCCACAUCGAAUAAGGAAAAUAACUUAGUAGUUAUGUGAAAUGGGUUAAUUUUUUGAGUAGGUCACCUUAUUAUAAUUUUGUUUGAAUUUGGUAACUAAAUUUUAAUUUGCAUCAAAUGAAUAUCACUUAUCGUUUUGAUGUAAAUUAAAGUUUAUUUCUCAAAUUGAAACAAGAAUAUAGUUAAGUAAUCUACAAAAAAAUUAAGUCAUGAUAUGUAGUUAUCUAGUAUCUUUGUAUUGUAUUGAAUGGUGAUUUUAUGUACUAUGUGUAUUUGGCUUUGUAAUAUAUAAACUUAUGGUA